GGUGCUCGGAGGUGGGUAGGAGAGGAACCAAGGGACGGUGCUCGGAGGUGGGUAUUUAGGGCGUGGAACCAAGGGACAGUGCUCGGAGGUGGGUAGGAGGUGGAACCAAUGGGCGGUGCUCGGAGGUGGGUAGGGUGUGGUACCAAGGGACGGUGCUCGGAGGUGGUACCAAGGGACGGUGCUCGGAGGUGGGUAGGAGAGGAACCAAGGGACGGUGUCUCGGAGUGGUGGGUAGGGUGUGGAACCAAGGGACAGUGCUCUGGAGGUGGGAGAGGAACCAAGGGACGGUGCUCGGAGGUGGGUAGUGGGUGGAACCAAAGGACAUUGCUCGGAGGUGGGUAGGAGAGGAACCAAGGGACGGAACCAAGGGACGGUGCUCAGAGGUGGGUAGGAGAGGAACCAAGGGACGGUGCUCGGAGGUGGGGUAGGGUGUGGAACCAAGGGACG